UUUCCCGCCAAACAAACUGCUCAACGUUUCUGUGCGCGAGGAUGUACUUGUAUGUUUUGCUGCAGUUUAGUCGAUGUCGGAGACUGAGGAAUAUAUUCUUGAUUUAACAUAGUGUGUGUUUCUGUUGGUUCAGAAGAACAAUAUUGACUGAGAUUGUAGUAUUUAAUCUUCCAAAUCAUGGCUGAUGAAAAUGAAGACUUGAUGUACAGCCCCAGUGAAGGCAGAAUGGGAGGCCCCAAUGAAGCUGCUCUGCUUGCACUAAUGGAGAAGACAGGCUACAGCAUGGUACAGGAGAAUGGACAGAGGAAAUUUGGGGGGCCCCCACCAGGCUGGGAGGGCUCACCUCCACCUCGUGGUUGUGAGGUAUUUGUUGGGAAGAUCCCUCGUGACAUGUACGAAGAUGAACUGGUUCCAGUGUUUGAGAGAGUAGGAAGGAUUUACGAGUUCAGGUUAAUGAUGGAGUUCAGUGGGGAGAAUCGUGGUUAUGCAUUCGUCAUGUAUACCACUAAGGAGGCUGCCCAGCAAGCCAUCCAUAUGCUGGACAACUUUGAGAUCCGCCCAGGGAAGUUCGUAGGUGUGUGCGUCAGCCUGGAUAACUGCAGGCUGUUCAUUGGUUCGAUCCCGAAAGAGAAGAAGAAAGAAGAAAUCCUUGAGGAGAUGAAGAAAGUUACCGAAGGUGUUGUGGAUGUCAUUGUCUACCCGAGUGCCACAGACAAAACCAAGAACCGUGGGUUUGCAUUUGUGGAAUAUGAGUCUCAUAAAGCAGCAGCCAUGGCUAGGAGGAAGCUUAUCCCAGGCACCUUUCAGCUGUGGGGACACACUAUUCAAGUAGAUUGGGCAGAACCGGAAAAGGACGUGGAUGAAGAAACUAUGCAGCGGGUGAAAGUGCUUUAUGUGCGUAACCUGAUGAUUUCUACUGCAGAAGAGACGAUACGGAAUGAAUUCAGCAAAUUCAAGCCUGGUGCGGUGGAGCGUGUCAAGAAACUGACAGAUUACGCGUUUGUGCACUUCUACAGUCGAGAUGACGCCAUCACCGCAAUGCACUUCAUGAAUGGGAAAAGCAUUGAUGGUUCAAACAUUGAGGUGACAUUGGCCAAGCCAGUCAAUAAGGAGAGCAGCAGGAGAUACAGUCAGAAAGGUCAGGGCAGUCAAAACUCUGAAGGCUUCCUGUUCCAAAACAAAGACGAUGGGAACCCCACCACUCCCACACGACCACUGAGUCUGCCAGCCCGACUGAACAGUCAUCACAACCCCAGUUCCCCUGAAGUAGAGAGAUACGUUUACCCAUUUUUACCAGGGAUCAACCUGGCUGCAAUAAGCAUGUAUUCCUUAAAAUUGGGUCAUUUCUGCUCUGCAGUAACACAUCUGGAUUACUACUGCAACAAAAACAAUUGGGCACCACCAGAGUAUUAUCUGUUCUCCACAACGAGUCAAGAUGGGAAACUCCUGUUGAUCUAUAGGGUUGUUAUCACUGCCACUCGCAGCAGUUUUAUGCCAGAUAAACUCUGUACCCUUCUGGAAGAUGCCAAAGAGUUGGCUGCACAGAAUGCACUGUGGAAUUUAGAUUGCACUUUUUGUGGCCCUACAUCACUCAAUAGCCUUUCUCCUCCUGGGACGACUUCAAGUAACAGUUUGCUUCCUUAUGGAUGUAGACCUUACUCUUACCCAAGCUACCCUCUCUCACCAGCUCUACCUCUGGUGAAUGGAAGUCAUGUUGCACAGAGAUUAUUCAUCUCUAAUCAGUCACCGUUCUUUUAAGAAGAAAUGUCAAAUGAAGUACGUUUCUGGGGUAAAUUCUUUCCUGUGGAACGUAACGAAACUAUUUGUUAUUUAUUUGUUUUAAUUAUUGCAUUUCAUAUAACACAGAAAAAUGCAUUACAUUAACAUUGUGGGUCAGUGGACUGGUUGGAUCAAUUUUCCUUUUUCUUGCUUUGAAACAGCUAACCUAAUAAAACACUGCUCUUUCACUGUAAGUAAACCACAUAGCACUGUCCAGGUCAUAUAUUAAACAAUCAUAGCCUCCUUAUUUGCUAAGCCUUAAAAACCAUCAAAAUAAAUAAAGUUAUUUCAAAAUAAGUUAGCCUACAUGGCAGUAAAUUAAUUGCUAGAAAAAAUGUUCAAAGUAUUAAAAAUGACAUCAAGAGAAAUGUGCUUAUCAUUAUCAAAAGGAAUGAA